AUGGAGCUCGCGCCGCUCCUCCUUCCUCUCCUGCUCCUACUCCUCCUCCUCCUCACCAAUGCCGACGCGGGGGGCACCAACGCGACGGCGACGACCUACGUCGUGUUCAUGGACCCGGCGCGCAUGCCGGCCGCGCACCCGUCGCCGGCGGACUGGCACGCGGCGCACCUCCAGUCGCUGGCCAUCGACCCGGGCAGGCACUUGCUCUACUCCUACUCCGCCGCGGCGCACGGGUUCGCGGCGGCGCUGCUCCCGCACCACGUGCCGCUGCUGCGGGGCAGCCCCGGCGUGCUCCAGGUCGUGCCGGACGAGGUGUUCCGGCUGCACACCACGCGCACGCCGGAGUUCCUGGGGCUGCUGGCCCCGGCCUACCAGCCGGCCAUCCACGGCCUGGAGGCGGCCACGCACGACGUGGUCAUUGGGGUUCUUGAUACCGGCGUGUGGCCGGAGUCGCCGAGCUUUGCCGGUGCGGGCCUGCCGCCGCCUCCUGCGAGGUGGAAGGGGGUGUGCGAGGCGGGCGUCGACUUCCCGCCGAGCGUGUGCGGGAGGAAGCUUGUCGGCGCGCGGAGCUUCUCGCGGGGGCUCCACGCGGCGAACGGUGGCCGUGGGAGGCUGGGAGUGGGAAGGAGGGUGUACGCGUCGGCGAGGGAUAGGGACGGGCACGGGACGCACACGGCGACGACGGCGGCGGGCGCGGUGGUGGCGAACGCGAGCUUGCUCGGGUACGCCACGGGCACGGCGCGCGGGAUGGCGCUCGGCGCGCGCGUCGCCGCGUACAAGGUGUGCUGGCCCGAAGGUUGCCUCGGCUCAGACAUUCUGGCCGGCAUCGACGCCGCGGUGGCGGAUGGGGUCGGCGUGCUCUCCCUGUCCCUCGGCGGCGGCUCGGCGCCGUAUUUCCGGGAUACUGUUGCCGUGGGCGCCUUCGGUGCCGCCGCGGCCGGCGUGUUCGUUGCCUGCUCGGCCGGAAACUCCGGCCCGUCCGGCGCCACGGUCGCGAACUCCGCGCCGUGGGUCGCCACCGUUGGCGCCGGCACGCUCGACCGUGACUUCCCCGCCUACGUCACGCUCCCCACCGGAGCGCGUCUCGCCGGCGUGUCUCUCUACGCUGGCCCCUCGCCCGCGCCUCGCCCCGCCAUGCUUCCUCUCGUCUACGGGGGCGGCAGCGACAACGCCAGCAAGCUCUGCCUGUCGGGGACCCUCGACCCAGCCGCCGUGCGCGGCAAGAUCGUGCUGUGCGACCGCGGCGUCAACGCGCGCGUGGAGAAGGGCGCCGUCGUCAAGGCCGCGGGCGGCGCCGGGAUGGUGCUGGCCAACACCGCCGCAAGCGGGGAGGAGCUCGUGGCGGACAGCCACCUCCUCCCCGCCGUCGCGGUCGGGAAGUUGGCCGGCGACAAGAUACGCGACUACGCCUCGCACGGCGGCGGUGGCAGGCCGAUGGCAAUGCUGAGCUUCGGCGGCACGGUUCUUGGUGUCCGGCCGUCGCCGGUCGUGGCGGCGUUCAGCUCCCGCGGCCCAAACACCGUCGUGCCGGAGGUCCUGAAGCCGGACAUGAUUGGCCCCGGAGUGAACAUCCUCGCCGGCUGGUCCGGCGUCGCCGGGCCGACCGGACUCGUCAAUGACGGCCGCCGGACAAACUUCAACAUCAUCUCCGGGACAUCAAUGUCAUGCCCUCACAUAAGCGGAGUUGCGGCGCUCCUCAAGGCCGCACACCCUGGUUGGAGCCCUGCCGCGAUCAAAUCUGCUCUGAUGACGACCGCAUACACCGUUGACAACACAAACUCUUCUCUCCGGGAUGCUGCUGGGGGGUUGCUUGCGAACCCUUUCGCUUUCGGCGCAGGCCAUGUAGACCCGCAGAAGGCGCUCUCUCCAGGCCUCGUCUACGACAUCUCGACUAAGGACUAUGUCUCCUUCCUCUGCUCCCUGAACUACAGCACCCCACAUAUCCAAGUGAUCACUAAGAUGUCCAACAUCACCUGCCCGAGAAAGUUCCGCCCCGGUGACCUCAACUACCCCUCAUUCUCAGUUGUGUUCAAGAAGAAUUCAAGGCAUGUUAUGAGGUUCAGAAGGGAGGUGACCAAUGUCGGCCCAGCAAUGUCUGUUUACAAUGUGAAGGUCACCAGCCCUGCAUCAGUCAGUGUUAAGGUGACACCAUCAAGGAUUGUGUUCAACAGGGUGGGACAGAAGCAGAGAUACUAUGUCACGUUCGCGGCUAAGGUCGACGACACAGGCAGCGUGAAACCGGAUUUCGGUUGGAUAUCCUGGUUGAGCAACGAGCAUGUCGUUCGGAGUCCGGUCGCUUAUACAUGGAAGAUGUGAGGACAGUGAGUGAUCCUUACUGGAUAUGUUCAGUUAUGUCCUGGAGGAGAUGAAAGAUAGGUAACUUGAUAUCGGUGUAGUUUGCUGAUUGCUUCACAAAGAGAAUCGGCGUGAAGCUCUCGACUGCAAUGCAGACCUGCAGUUCGUUCUUCCCAGUGUCGGUCACUCGCCGAACCUAGUUUUUUCCCCUUGUAGUUGUCAGUGCGUUUGCCCGGCAAGAAGCUUAUCUGCUACCACUAUUAACAUGUGAGGUUUCAUUUCUUUCUAGCGCCAAUGUUGUCAGACAUGAAAUAUAACCCUGAAAUGAAUCGGUUGUUUUAUGCCAAUGACCAGCCAUGGUAUUAUCCAUAUACUGAUUCUUGUACUCCUGAAUUAACUGAAGAAUGAAAUGAUUGUUGCAU